AGUCUACUGAUACUCACAAAAACAUAUAUUUCUUUAUCAACUGUGUUAUUUAUCGACAGAACUUUUUAAAGACCAAGAAUAGAAUUGGGUAUACAAAAAACAAUACCAGUAUCAAAAUUACUUUAUCAGUAGUUUUUUAUCCGCUUUUUACUUUACAAUUGAUUGCAUUAAAAUGUUUUAAAAGUAAGCCGGCAAAAUUAUUAAACUCUUGAAAAACUUUAUGAUAUUGUUCUUAUGCUUUGUGUUUUUCAAAAUUUGGACAAUUUUAGAUUGAUUCGUAUCCAACAAUGACGGAGCAAACAGAACCCGAUGCUGCGAUGGCCGAAGCUGAUUUUGAUGACUCAAUCAACUCCACAAAGAACUCUGACUCCAAUUCCGAUGAUAAUAUGGAAGAAUCUGCAACAUCAAAACAACCACAGUAUUCCAAUCACGAUUUAGAUUUAAAACCAGAUUCGAACAAUUCAAAUCUGGAGAAAAUGGAAAAUGUUGAUUCGAAAAAGGGAUCAAUUGAUUUAAAUUCUGUAUCAAAUUUGAAAGAAGAGUCGAGUGUGAAAUACGGUUUGCGUAAUUUGAAACAGGAAUCUGGAGAGCAAGGACAUAAUUUAAAUGCAAAGAUUGGUGUCAGAGACGAUGAUAUGAAUAUGUUUGCAAGUGUUUGGGUUAAGGUGGAGGUUGAGGAAGAAGGAGGUGUGCAGCCAGAUGACUUGACUGAUGUAAACUACGUACCGCCCAGCGAGAGAAAGCACCGUCCGCGGCGGCGGAGAGACAAGAAACCCAGACCUCGACCCACGAAAGUCCUAAAAUGCCAACUUUGCAACUACACCACUGUGUACAAAACGGGACUAGUCAUGCAUAUGAUUGGACACACAACGGAAAAGCCUCACUGCUGCACCGAGUGUGACUAUAAAUCGAAAUACCGCAACUCUCUUACACGCCACGUCAAGAUUCAACAUCAAAAAGACGACACACCUGAAACAGAGUCGGUCGAAGUGUUUACGUGCGACCAGUGCAACUACAAAACUCAUUUCAAAUGGAAUCUCCGGGCUCAUAACCGAAAACACAAUUUGGUUAAGCAGUUCAAGUGUGUACAUUGCGAAUAUGAAACGGCGUACAGACACAACUAUUUGAAACACAGCAGGACACAUGAAAACAAAGAGAAAACGCCAGUCUUUUAUAAAUGUGAUAAGUGUACUUUUGUGACUAAAUUUGAAGGGCAUAUCGCAAGGCAUUUAGCAAAGAUACACAAUGAGGUUACAGACACGGCAUAUAAAUGUGAAAUGUGUGAUUUUUCGACUAGAGUUAGAUGGAGAUUGAACAUACAUAGAACAAGGAGUAGACAAGAGAAUAUUUUAAUGUGUGCAUAUUGUAGUUUUCAAACUUACUUUAUGUGCGAGAGUAAAAAGCAUAAAGUUGUUCACUAUGACGUCAUGUAUGGGCAUAAAAGUCAUGAUAUUAGCAGCGAAUCAGUUCAUAAUUCUCAAAUUGAUGCCACAACGGGUUUACCUACAACAAAUGAGACAAAAGACAAACGCAGUGCAAUAAGUAAUGAAUAUAUAGACAAUUAUAUGGAUCAAGAUAGCAUGAGAAAUCAGAAGAAAUAUUUAUUAGAUCCGAAUUGUAUAGAUUGGAAUAACAUACAAGUUUUGGAGUCUGAUGAUAAGGACAGGCCAUUCCAAUGCCAUAUGUGUACAUACAUGUCUCGUUUCAAAGCAUCUGUGCAACGACAUUUCCAACGACACCACACGGGCAGUCAAAACAGACCAUAUAAAUGUGUCAACUGUGAUUUCUCGACUAAAACCAAAGACCAAAUCGCUUUGCACAACAAACGGAGCAAAUCUGAUGUUAAUUUAUACUGUGCCGUAUGCAAGUUCACAACAAAUUUCAAAUGCCAGUAUGUGAUGCAUCAAAAAAGACAUUAUGAGAACCGUUGCUCCGAAUGUGAAUAUUCUUGCAAACACAAAUACGAGUUACAGAAACAUUACAUGGCAAUACAUAUGGGUAAUGGUCACAAAUGUCAAUACUGUGAUUACAUAGCAGCUAGGAAGGAAAGUUUACUAUGUCACGAGACAAUUCAUACUGGAAUUAAGCCAUAUAAAUGUAGUCACUGUGAAUAUAUGUCUGUGCGGAGGUCAUUGUUGAACAAUCACGUUAGGAGAUAUCAUAGUAAUUUGUUAACGGACGUCGUUGUUGUGAGUGACAGUAAGAUUGCUUCGUUGAAGCACGUUGGUAGUAUUGAUGAGGUCAACCAAGAAGUAGAUUAUGCAUAAAUGCUGGUUAUUUAAUAAAGUGUCAUAUGUAAAGAG